AUGACCAGACACAACAUUCCAGCCGAACUAGCAGACUGGACACAAAGCAUGCUAACAGGAAGAACCCUGAUUGCUAAUCAUGGGGACUCAAACGUGCAUGGUUUUCCCGCCAAAGGAUGCCUGCAGGGGGGAAUUUUAUCCCACCUGCUGUGGUGCUUGGUCGUGGACAAACUUUUAUAUAAAUUACAGAAAACAGGUUUCCUCGCUUUUGGCUACGCUGAUGAUGUGGCCAUUAUAGUGCGGGGCAACUUUCUUUCAAUACUUAAGAAAACUAUGGGAAAAGCCCUUAAGAUCACGCAAUACUGGUGUCAAUCAAAAGGACUUAGAGCUAAUCCAUCAAAGACCAAGGCUAUGAUUUUCACCAGGAAAUACAAACCUGAAGCCAUUGAGCCGCUUAGACUUUGGCGGGAAGCUAUAGAAUACGUCCAGUCAGUAAAAUAUUUGGGAGUCCACUUAGACACCAAACUGAAUUGGAAAACACAUCUCGAUAUAAAGAGAUCCAAAUUCUACCCUUCAUAUUGGGCGUGUAGAAGAGCAAUGGGAAAAUCCUGGGGUAUUAAAUUGAAUACUGCCCUAUGGAUAUACAAAGCGGUAUUAGUACCGAGGUUAACAUAUGCUGCUGUUGUUUGGUGGCCUAAAGUGGAAAAGAUGGAGUCAAAGAACCUACUAAAAAGCCUACAAGGUAAUUACUUGAGGGCUGCGGUAGGGACUAUGAGAACGACACCAACAGAAGCGCUGGAAGUGGCGCUCUGCAUUCCACCUCUAAGAUUGAUUAUCAUCAGCGCUGCCAAACUCACAGCAUAUAGACUAAGGUGUCAGGGGGAGUGGAGAGAUUUCGGAGUAGGUCAUACCAAGCUCGAGUUUCUUCAUAAAUCUCCCUUUACCUUAAAGCAAGACAGAAUAUCCAGAAUGCGCCAAGUGGACAAGGCGUUCUUCAUAAACUUGACCACCAGGGCAGACUGGAAAAAUAGAAAUCUUCAGAUCCAGCCGGGCACUCAUGCAUGGUUCACUGAUGGAUCUGGAGCAAACGGCUGCUAUGGAGCAGGCAUCUACUGUCCAGGAUCAAAUCACAGAGAGUUUUUCUCUCUAGGUAAACUGGCCACGGUCUUUCAAGCGGAAGUUCUGGCCAUUCUGGAAUGUGCAAGACUCCUACUCUCAAGAGAGACAAAAACUAGGAGGAUCAAUAUCUAUACGGAUAGCAAAGCAGCCAUAGGAGCUCUUGCUAAGACCACCACUCAAUCUUUAGUGGUUUGGGACUGUAUGCAAGCUCUAAACAGAUUGGGCGAGCGAAACAACAUCACGCUUGUCUGGCUACCUGGCCACCAAGGUAUCCAAGGCAAUGAAGUGGCUGAUAGUAUGACAAAACUAGGUAGAUAG